GGUGGUGUGUGUAAGGUUGGUAUAAAAGCUGUGAUACUGUACAUCAACACACAUGUCUUCAGACUGAGCUCGGACCAGCAGACAGGAUGCAUGUAGACUUGGUGUGGCUGACGGCUGCACUUCUAUCUUUCCCCCUGUUCACACUAUGUGACCCACUCUAUGUCAUGGUGGCCUCGAACCUGCUGCGGGUGGGAACCCCUGAGAAAGUGUUUGUGGAAGCUCAGGAUUAUAGUGGAAGUAACAUCCCUGUGAGGAUCAGAGUAAAGAAUUACCCACAGAAAACUUCAGAACUGACAUCUCAAUCUGUCGUCCUCACUGCUGAUAACGACUACCAGGCAGUUGCUGACAUAACGAUUCCUGACAAUAAGGGCUUCUUUAGUGAUGACCCACUGGAGAAGCAGUAUGUGUAUCUGCAGGCAGAGUUUCCUUCUAAAGUGCUCGAGAAAGUGGUCCUACUAUCAUUUCAGUCUGGCUACAUGUUCAUUCAGACAGACAAGAGCAUCUACACACCGGGAACAACAGUUUUUUACAGAAUCUUCCCAAUGACUCCUGAUCUGCAGCCUGUUGAGAAGAGUGUAGGAAUCUAUGUGGAGAUCAUAAAUCCUCAUGGAAUCACAAUUAACAGUGACACAUUCUUUCCUAAGGAAGGGACCAUAACAGGGUCAUACAGCAUCCCUGAAGUUGCCAAACCUGGAAUAUGGAAAAUAGCAACAUGGUACAAAAACAGCCCACAGAAGAACUUCACUGCUGAAUUUGAAGUUAAAGAAUAUGUGUUACCGAGCUUUGAGGUAGCAUUAAAACCAUCCAAACCUUUUUUCUAUGUGGAUGAUAACGAACUUACAGUUGAUAUAACUGCCAAGUACCUGUUUGGAAAAGAUGUGAAUGGUGUUGCAUUUGUGGUGUUUGGUGUUAAGACUAAUGACACAAAAAACACUCUGUCUGCCUCUUUAAAAAGAGUAAAGAUCAUUGAUGGAGAGGGACAAGCCGAGGUCACUAAAGAUAUGAUCCAGCGUUCCUUCCCUAAUAUUCCUCAGCUGGUCGGAAGCUCUUUGUACAUUUCAGUCAGUGUUUUAACUGAGACUGGUAGUGAAAUUGUUGAAGCAGAGAAAGGCGGCAUUCAAAUUGUGACAUCACCCUACACCAUCCAGUUCAAGAGAACCCCAAAAUUCUUCCAUCCUGGAAUGUCUUUCGAUGUCACGGUUUAUGUGACCAAUCCAGACCAGUCACCUGCUGAAAAUGUGAAGGUGCUGGUCAAACCUGGUGACGUAAAGGCUGUAACCAUGAGUAACGGCAUGGCCAAGGCCACAGUGAACACCCAGGGUGGAGAUAAGACUCUACAAAUCACUGCCAGAACUGCAGCCAAAGGCAUACCAGAUGAAAGACAAGCUGAAAACAAGAUGACUGCCCAACCUUACACCACCAAAGGAGGCUCUGGCAAUUACCUACAUUUAAGUGUUGAUGCUGCAGAAUUGGAAAUCAGAGAUGAAAAAAACAUCAAUGUGAACUUCAAAAGCAGUGACCCCAAUCAAGAUUUAACUUAUCUGAUCCUUAGUAAAGGACAGAUUGUUCAAGGUUAUAGGUUUAAAAGAAGAGGGAACUCGCUGGCAACUCUGCCUCUAUCCAUCACCAAGGACCUGGUUCCCUCGUUUAGAGUGGUUGCAUAUUAUCACAUAGGAUCCUCGGAAGUUGUGUCUGACUCCAUCUGGGUUGAUGUGAAGGACACAUGCAUGGGAACGCUCAAGCUGGAUAUAAAAAAGAGGAAAAAAAAUAAAUUUGAGCCUGAUGAUGAAUUUCAACUCAUAGUUACUGGAGAUCCAAAAGCCAAGGUUGGUCUGGUAGCUGUGGAUAAAGCUGUCUUUGUCCUUAACAAGAAUAGACUCACACAGACCAAGAUCUGGGACAUUAUUGAGAAGCAUGACACUGGCUGUACAGCAGGCAGUGGUAAGGACAGUAUGGGGGUUUUCUAUGAUGCAGGUCUACUGUUUGAGUCGGAUAAAUUAGGAGGCACCAAUGAAAGAACAGCUCUUGAGUGUCCUACCCCACUGAAGAGAAAACGAAGAGCAGAGAGUUUACAUCAGAUUACCCAAACACUGAUUUCUAAAUACACCAAUGAAAAGAGGAAAUGCUGUGCAGACGGUCUGAGGCAGAACAGGCUGGGCUACACAUGUGAACGGAGAGCUUCAUUUAUUUUGGAUGGUGCAGAGUGUGUCCAGGCCUUCCUGGACUGUUGUAAGGAGAUCCAAAAACGCAAGGAUGAGCAGAAAGACUUGUUGCAUUUGGCUCGCAGUGGUGAUGAUGAUGAUGAUUUUAUAAGCUCUGAUGAAAUUUUUACCCGAACAAAGUUCCCUGAAAGCUGGAUGUGGAAGAGCAUAGACCUGCCAGAUUGUGAAAAAAACGUAUCAUGUGACACAAGAAGUCUCACCUUGGACAAAGACUAUAUAAAAAGCUCUAUUACUACCUGGCAAAUCCUAGCCAUCAGUAUUUCUAAGACCCAUGGCAUCUGUGUGGCUGAUCCCUAUGAAAUAACAGUGGAAAAAGAGUUCUUUAUAGAUCUGAAGCUACCUUACUCAGCAGUUCGCUAUGAACAAAUAGAAAUCAAGGCUGUUCUGCAUAACUUGUCAACUGAGAAAAUGAAGGUGCGUGUGGAUUUCUUUGAGACAGAGCAUGUUUGUAGCGUAGCCAGCAAAAAGAAGAAACACCGUACCAUAGUUAACGUUGAAGGAGAGUCCACCAUUGCUAUCCCGUAUGUAAUUAUUCCCAUGAAAAUAGGAACCCACCAAAUAGAGGUGCAGGCUGCGAGUUCAUUAGUUCAUGAUGGAGUACGGAAACCCCUGAAGGUGGUGUCAGAAGGUGUGCUAACUGAACUCCCAGAACAAAAUGUUGAAUUAAAUCCCUCUAAAGUACCUGGUGGCAUUCAAGUUGUGCAUUUGAGGACUGAUAUACCACCUGGGCAGGUUCCAAACACUGAUGCACACACUUACAUCAUGGUGGCUGGCCAGGAGAUGAGUCAAACAAUUGAGCAGGCCAUCAAUGGAGAUUUUAUGGGGAGCUUGAUUGUACAGCCCCAUGGCUGUGGAGAGCAAAACAUGAUCUUAAUGACGUUGCCUGUUAUUGCCACACACUACUUAGAUACCACCAAGCAGUGGGAAGGAGUUGGCCUGCACAGACGUAGUGAGGCUAUCAAGCAUAUCCAGACAGGAUUUACACAAGAACUUACAUUCCGUAAAGAUGAUGGUUCUUAUGGUACAUGGACACAUUCACCUAGCAGCACAUGGUUGACAGCAUACGUGGCCAAAGUCUUUGCUCUGGCCAGUGAUCUCAUUAGCAUAAAUGAAGAUAUUAUUUGCAGUGCUCUCAAGUGGUUAAAUCUGAAUGCACAGAUGCCAGAUGGGUCAUUUAAAGAAAAUGCCCCAGUGUAUCAUGCAGAGAUGGUUGGUGAUGUACGAGGGAAAGAUGCUGAUGCAUCUCUGACAGCAUUUGUCUUGAUUGCCCUGCAAGAAGGAAACUAUCUUUGUGCUAAAUCAGUCGGAAGUCUUCCAGAGUCUUCCAGGAAGGCCACUGAGUAUUUGCAAAACAGACUUCCUUCUUUGACCAAUCCAUAUGCAAUUGCAAUGUCUUCCUAUGCCUUGGCCAAUGCUGGCAGGUUUAACAAACAGCGCCUGCUGCAAGCUUCCUCUGGAGAUGGUGCUUACUGGAAUGUUGCUGGAGGACAUCACUUCUCCCUGGAGGCAACAGCGUAUGCCUUGCUGGCUCUGGUAAAAGCCAAGGAGUUCGAUGCAGCAGGAAAAGCUGUUCAUUGGCUCAAUAGGCAGAGCAGUCAUUAUGGUGGUCAUGGCACCACCCAGGCAACCAUAAUGGUGUUCCAAGCAGUGGCUGAGUACUAUAAACAAGGUAAAGAUCAUCAGAAUACAGACCUGGAUGUGGAACUGAGCGUCAGUGGACGAUUCCUUAGGAAAACAUGGAAUUUCAACAAAAAUAAUGCACAUCUUACACGCUCAGAUAAGGUUCAGCUCAGGCAAGAGUUUAAUGUUACAGCUAAAGGAACUGGUGCUGGAGUUCUCAAAGUAAUGACACUUUAUUAUGCUAGACCCAUAGAAAAGAAAAGUGACUGCCAAAAGUUUGAUCUUUCUGUUGAAAUGAGAAAAGAAGCAAACGUUUCUCUCUCAAAAUCAAACCCAGAAGGUAAAGAAAGUUAUGAGGUCAUCAUUGACAUUUUAUUUAAGGAUCCAGAAAAAGAUGCCACUAUGAGUAUUUUGGAUAUUAGCUUGCUGACAGGAUUUGUGGUGGAUGAAAAUGAUCUUAAAGCUCUAAACAUUGGGGCAGACAAAUACAUACAAAAGUUUGAGAUGGACAAUCAGCUCUCAGAACGAGGCUCCCUCAUCAUGUAUUUAGACAAGGUAUCACACACAUUUUCAGACAGGAUUGUUUUCAGAGUGCACAAGAUAAAUAACGCCGCUUUGCUUCAACCUGCUGCUGUCAGUGUGUACGAGUACUACUCUCCAGGGGAACGCUGUGUGAAGUUCUACCAUCCUACAAAAAAAGAUGGAACCCUGAACAGAUUGUGCAGUGAACAGAAGGAUCUGUGCCAGUGUGCUGAAGAAAACUGCAGUAUCCAGAAAAAAAUGAAAAUUGUUGAGGGAGAUCGAGAGAAAGCAGCUUGUAAAGCCGGCAUGGAUUACGUUUAUAAAGUCAAAUUUAUAAGAGUGGACCAGAGACCAAACACAGAUUAUUAUGAAAUGAAGAUUGAAGAUGUCCUGAAAGAAGGUACUGACCAUGAUGUACAUGACAAAAUGAGGACCUUCAUGGGUCAUGCUAAUUGCAGAGAGUCUUUUGGAUUUGUGGAAGGCAAGAGCUACCUCAUCAUGGGCCACAGUGUUGACCUCCCAAGGAUAGAGGAAAAGCUGCAGUACAUCUUGGGCGAACAGACUUGGAUUGAAUACUGGCCCACAAGCGAGGAAGGUCGAACCCCUGAAUACAAAGACAAAUUCAUGAGAAUUGCUGCACUGGCUCAGAUGCUUAAAGACUCUGGAUGCACUACAUAAACAUAUAUUGUUUUUUCUCUAUACAACUUUUAAUAAUUCUUCAGUAUUUUCUAUUGCUUUCAAUAAUUCUAUUGCUGUAAUCUCAAUGUACCACAUUACUCACAUUAGCAAGUAGUCAUCCUAGCAUUCAUCCUAAAAUGUAAAAACCUGUGAAAUCUAUAAACUGACUAAAUCAGUCUUAAAAAAAAGAAAAGAAAAAGAAAACAUUAAAUAAACCCUGUGUAACCUUUGCCACAAUGUGUGUUCCA